AUGCUGCCCACGAGCGCUGCUGGCUGGGUGUUUGUCAGGGACAAGCCGCCGCCGCUGCUGGCACGGCUCGCCCGCGCCGUGUUUGUUCCUGGCACACAGCUCGCCAGGAGGGCUGGCACAGGCCAUGCUGAGCCCCCGAGAGCUCCUGGGUGGCUCUUCCCCAGCCCCUGGCAAGCCACACGUGGCUCCUGCGUGCGCGGAGGGCACCCAGCACCUCUGCCUGGGGAUGCAGGGGAUGGUGGCAGAUGCUGCCUGGUGCCACCUCCGGGUCCCACCGGUGGCACGGCCCCUGCCUGCUCCCCGCGGUGCCCCCGGCUGUGCAAACACCCCACACCUCGCUCGCUGGGGGCCGGAGGCUGCCGAUAAGUGCCGAGCCAUGCCACCAACCGGGGUGCACGGGCUGCCUUAUCGGGGUGCCUGGCACGCCUCAUCCGGGAACGCCUCCGUGCCCUCCGGCAUAAGGGCAGGUGCCCCGGUGCCACCGCACACGUCCCCGCGCCAUGAGGUGGCUGUGGCUGCUGGGGGUGGUGGUGGUUGCCCACACCCUGGAGACCAGGGUCAGCCUGCACCGGAGGAAAUCACUGCGGCGAGCACUGCUGGAUGGCGGGGUGCUGGGGAGGGUCCUGCUGCAGCAGAGCCCCUCCCCAGCAGCCAAGUAUCACCCCACCGCUGCCACCGAGCCCCUGGCAAACUAUAUGGACCUGGAGUACGUGGGCACCAUCUCCAUCGGCACGCCACCGCAGGAGUUCUCUGUCAUCUUCGACACCGGCUCAGCCAACCUGUGGGUGCCCUCAGGUGUACUCUCUCCCGUCGCUGCAGCCAACCACCGGCGCUUUGACCCGGCGCGCUCCUCCACCUACCGCGGCACCACCACCAGCGUGGCCACCUGGUACGGCACCGGCAGCAUGGUCGGCGUCCUGGGCUACGACACCGUCACCGUUGGGAACAUCCAAGUCCCAAACCAGGUGUUUGGGCUGAGCCUGUCGGAGCCCGGCUCCUUCCUUGCCCAAGCGCCCUUCGAUGGCUUCCUGGGGCUGGCCUUCCCCAGCAUCUCCUCCUCUGGCGCUACCCCGAUUUUUGACAACAUGAUGAGCCAAGGCUUGGUGUCCCAGGACCUUUUCUCCAUCUACCUGACCCCCAACAAGCAGAACGGCAGCUUCGUGCUGUUCGGGGGCAUCGACGACACCUACUUCACCGGGAACCUGAGCUGGAUCCCGCUGACCGCCCAGUCCUACUGGCAGAUCAAGGUGGACAGCAUCACCAUGUACGGCCGCCCCAUCGCCUGCCCCUACGGCUGCCAGGCCAUCGUGGACAGCGGCACCUCGCUGCUGGCCGGCCCCAGCCGCAGCGUGGGCAACAUCCAGUACGAGAUGGGGGCCAGGCGCAGCCCCAGCGGCGUGGUGACUGCAGCUACAUCCGGCUCCUGCCCUGACAUCGUCUUCGUCAUUGCGGGCACCCAGUUCCCGCUGCCCCCCCAGGCUUACAUCCUCCAGGAGGACGGCUCCUGCAUGAGCGGCUUCGAAGGCUACGCCCUGCCCACGGCCAGCGGCGAGCUCUGGAUCCUUGGGGACAUCUUCCUGCGCCGCUACUACAGCGUCUUCGACAGGGCCAACGGCAUGGUGGGGCUGGCACCUGCCGUCUGAUGCGUGCCACGGCGCCUGGCCACAAUAAAGUCCCCAGCUGGGCAGC